CAGUGCAAGCAAGCUGUCACGUUAGAAAAUGGAAGAAACAGCCCGUUUCUUUGUUCCAGUAGAUCUCAUUCCAGUUGGAGGAUUAUAGCAAAAUUUGGGUCAUUGAUUGCACCAUGAUCUCUUGCUAGGUGAAACAAAUUAAACGCAAACAGCGACGACACAUACAGGUUGUUGGACGUCAGACGAUCAUGUCCACAGGCCACACCACAGCAUCACCGAAACCCAAGUAGGUCUAAAUACUGCCUCUAAUUAAUCCAGCAUCGUCUCCGACCUGCAGGUAGAGAUCGAAUCGUACGAGCACACACAACCAUGUCAAUGGCCAACGCGCCCACUGCCCCACUCCUAACAGCAAACCAGGAGGCCGCGCCGGCGAAGGAGGCAUCCAUCGACGACGUCAUCGAGAUGUACUUCGGCGCCACCGGCGUCCUGCAGCUGCUCAAGGCCGUCUUGGUCGCCUUCGCCUGGGCCUUCGACGCGCAGCUGGUGUUCAUCUCCGCGUUCACGGACGCCGAGCCGCGGUGGCAUUGCCUCACCGCCGCCUCGGCUGGCAACGCUUCGUGCUCCCCGGCGGCCGCGGCCUCGCGGCCGCCGUGUGACCUCGCGCCGGGCUCAUGGGCGUGGGACCGGCUGGCCGUGGCCUCGGUGGUCUCCGAGUGGACCCUCAACUGCGCCGGCCCGGCGCUCGUCUCGCUCCCCGCGUCGUCGUUCUUCGCCGGCUGCCUCGCCGGCGGGUUCCUGCUCGCGACGCUGGCAGACUCGCUCCUCGGCCGCAAGAAGAUGCUGCUCGUGUCCCUGGCGUCCACGUCCAUCGCCGGCGUGCUCACCGCCCUCGCGCCCAACAUCUGGGCGUACGCCGCCCUGCGGCUGGUGUCCGGCUUCUUCAGGUCGAUGGUGGGCACGUGCACGCUGGUCCUCUCCACGGAGCUCGUCGGGAAGAGGUGGCGCAACACGGUGAGCGUGGCGGGGUUCUUCUGCUUCGCGGUUGGGUUCUUGUCCCUCCCGGCGCUCGCCUACGCGUUCCGCGACGCGUCCUGGCGGAACCUGUACGUCUGGACGUCCGUGCCUUGUCUCUGCUACGCCGUCCUGGUCUUCUUCCUCGUCCAGGAGUCGCCGCGGUGGCUCCUGGUGCGCGGCCGGAAGCAGGACGCCAUGGAGGCGCUGCGGCAGAUCAUGUCGCUCAACGGGGGCAGCACGGCGGGCCUCAGCUUCUCCAUGCUGGACGCGUGCGUGGUGCGCGAGGACAACGCCGCGGCGAGCGGCGGCGGGGGCGUUUUCGCCGCGCUGCGGGCCAUGUCGGCGCGGCGGUGGGCGCUCCGGAGGCUGGCGGCGGUCAUGGCCACCAGUUUCGGCGUGGGGAUGGUCUACCUAGGCAUGCCGCUCAACGUCGGCAGCCUCGGCUCCAACCUAUACCUGAGCGUCGCGUACAACGCGCUGGCCGAGCUGCCGUCGGCCGUCCUCGCGUGGCUCCUCAUCCGCAGGGCCAGCAGGCGGAGCUCGGUGAUCGCGCUCACCGCGGCGGCGGGGGCGUGCAGCCUCGCGUGCGCCGCCGUCCCGCGGGGCGCCGCGGCGGCAAGGAUGGCCGCCGAGGUGCUGUCCUUCUUCGCGGCGUGCACGGCGUUCGACGUCAUGCUGGUCUACGCCACCGAGCUGUUCCCGACGUCCGUGCGCAACUCGGCGGUGGGGAUGGUGCGGCAGGCGCUGGUGCUGGGCGGCGUGGCGGCGCCCGUGCUCGCCGCGCUGGGCCGCGAGAGGAGCGCCUGGUCGUUCGGCGUGUUCGGGGUGGCCAUCGGGUGCUCCGGCCUGUUCGUCGCCUGCCUGCCGGAGACGAGGGGGAAGAGCAUGUCGGACACGAUGGCGGAGGAGGAGGAGGAGGGGAACGAGGGCGCCGUCGCGUCGUGCACCGGCGCGACCGCCGGUAGCACCGAUAGCGACAGGUACGCCGUGUAAUGUAAUUGCGCGAGUCCAUGUUGGUUUCGCGGUACAGUAGUUUCUGCUUCAGGUAAACCACGUAGCUUAGCUGUCAGCAUGUCACUCGUGUGAUCUGUUUGCAUUUUUUGAGUUUAAAAAUCCAUACUACUAUCUUUCAAAAAAAAAAUCCAUACUGUUCCGUUGUACGAGCUAUGCAAUAGUGUCAAUCGUGUUGUCUAGUAGGAGUAGUAGACAAGUAGUAAAUCCAUAUGAACGACAGCAAGGAUACGACGCAAUUUGUUUGAGCCAGCAAAUCACAUCGAAGGUUCAUUCAACGAGGUGUCAAGCGUCAGCCAUCUUUGUCUUUCAGACGCUGUGCUGCUUUUUUAUCCAAAAUGAAACCGGACCCAGGCCGAAAUAUGUUUUGUAUGUAUGUCUAAGUGUAGCAUGGCCUAAGUUGCCUGUACUGGAUUAAUAUGUUUUGUA